GGGGUAGACUUGGUGAUUAUUAGCCAAGGAGGUUAUAACUUCUUUCUUCCGACUAAGUUUGACGUUUUGUAUGACGAUUAUCUCUGAGUUACAGAGUUUUCGAUACAGAAAACAGCUGAAAAUGGCAGAUCCAAAGUAUGCUGACUUGCCCGGCAUUGCAUAUGAUCAGCCGGACGUUUACGAAACAAGCGAUCUACCAGAAUCUGAUCAGAAUGCUGCGUAUUACGAGGAAGAGAGUGAUUCAAUCGAACGCCUCCACAUCAGUGCGAAUGAAGCUUUCACGAAAUUUAAUAGGAGCGUGUUGGAUACCAAUAAUGUUGAUUUCUCAGAUACAGUACGGAAAACUUUGAGAACUGGAUAUAAUUCAAGAUUGAAUGAGUUGGAGCUAGCUGGCAUGGGUGAGAAGGAAACUCCAUUCCAAAAAUAUGAACGUCUUCAGUGUGAAAUGAAAGAACUGCUGGAAGAAAUAUCACAAAUUCAGGAAUCACUGAAGGAUGCCCCAGAGCAGCAGCAGCCAUAUUCCCAGUUAGCAGGUCGUAUGGAGCAUGUCUGCUCUCAAAUGGCUGAAGUUCAUUUGGAGGAGGCUCUUGGAUCUCAGCUUGUAUCAAAUCUUUCUGACCCACAUAAUAUGCAACAUAAAAAGCUGCUUGCAAAACUAGAAGGCUUGUGUCAGACAAAUGCAGAUGCCACAAAAGUUAAAACAAACAAGGAAGAUCAAAGUAUUUCUGAAAACGACAGCAAUGGGUUGUUGUAUCAACUUACCUAUCAGCCUGAGCAGGCCCGCCUAGCCCACACUUCUCGUAUUGCUGAUCUGGAUCAGCGGUUGCAUCGUUUGGAAACAGUACUUGGCCCAGAACCAGUAAAAGCGGUGGGUCUUACAACACAAGACAUCGGUGGGCACAGAGAUGCUCCUAAUGGUCUGUUGGAAAUAACUCAGCAGCUGAGUGCUCGUGUUGCACUUCUGGAUAAUUCUCGUCUUGAUCUGGCUGAAUCCCGGCUUGCAGCUCUCUCUGCCAAAAUGGAUGCACUAGCUGAAAAGGGGCAGACUGCAACUCAGUCUGCUGACAGGGAUGCUAAGAUUAUGGAAUUGUAUGAUUUGGUUAAGAAAAGUGGUGACAUGUCUCAAAUGCUACCACAAAUUGUUGACCGCAUGUUAGCUCUGGAAACGCUUCAUCAUCAAGCUGUUGAUUUCAGCAAGUCAUUAGGUCAGUUAGAACUAAUACAGCAGCAGAUAACAACAACACUGCAAAAUAAUGAAGACCUAAUAAAGCAAGUUCAGCAGACCUUUAGCCAGAAUUUGGAAUCUAUCAAGAAGAAUCUAGGUAACUUAGAUGCGAGAGUGGAUGCUUUAAAAAAGAAAUGAAAUUUAAUUCUGUAAGAUGGAUGUACUUUUCUUUACUGUUGUAAAGAUGCACCAUAAGUUUCCAGUCUAUUUAUUACAUUAAAAAGUACUUAUGCAAGAAAUGAAAUAAUUUUGUGAAAAGCUUCAGCCACAUUUAAUUUUUCCAGGCGGCAAUUACUGUCAAUAAUGGAACAGUAUUGUGAAAGAUAAUAUUUUUCUUGCUUGUAAAUGCGAAACAAGAUAAAAAGCUUAGCUUUCAUGUUUGUAAUAUUUCCACUAAUAAACU